AAUACCUCCCUAUCCAUUCCUUUCCUUCAACUUGGAAGACGUACUCCAUAAUAUAAUAACAGAUCCAGCUCGAUCUACCAUGUGAAGUGUUUGGGGCUUGGGGGUAGGUUCCAUGGCAAAUCAUCACUCAACGCUUACCAAUAUAAUAUAAAUGCAUCCGAGUGUGACAAUGCAAGAACAACCAAACUCCAAAAAAUCAAUCUCUCUCACUCUCUCUCUCUCUGAAAGCAAGAGAUCAUGGAAAUGGCUAACGUGCUGCACAUGAAUGGGAGCCUGGAAGACACCAGCUACGCCAUGAACUCAUUGCUUCAGCGGAAGGGGAUUUCAAAGACUCUGCCGAUAACAAAAGAAACCGUUGUAAGACUUAUGCGUAGCUGGAGCUUCCCCAAAGGCAAAGGCAAGCUGGUAAUGGCAGAUCUGGGUUGCGCUUCAGGGCCUAACACCCUGCUCCUCGUGUCGGAGGUAAUUAAGGCCGUCUCCAGGGAGCUAGGACAGGAAUGCCCUGAGCUUCAGAUCUUCCUAAACGACCUCCCUGGAAACGACUUCAACAAUGUCUUCACCUCCAUUCAAGGAUUCAAGGAAAACAUGAAGAAAGAAAUGGGAGAUCCGAAUUCAUUGAUUUCCAUCGCCGGAGUUCCAGGUUCUUUCUAUGACAGGCUUUUCCUGACCGACAGCCUUCACUUCAUCCACUCUUCCUACAGUCUUCACUGGCGCUCUCAAGUUCCUGAAGGUCUGGAGGAGAACAAGGGAAACAUUUACCUGGCGAGUAGCAGCCCUCCAGGUGUGUUGGAGGCUUAUUGCAAACAGUUCCAGACCGACUUUUCUUCCUUCUUGAAGUUUAGGUCUCAGGAAUUGGUGACAGGAGGUCGGAUGGUAUUGACAAUUCCUGGAAGGAGAGGCGAACAACAUUCUGAGAAAGAGUGUUGCUACCUUGUUAUGUCGAUGGCUCUCAACCAAAUGGCAACUGAGGGAUUAAUAGAUCAACAAAAACUGGAUUCCUUCAACCUCCCACUUUACAUGCCAUCCGCCAUGGAAGUGGAAACCGAGGUCCGGAAACAGGGCUCCUUCGCAAUUGAACACCUGGAGUUGUGGGAUAUGGAUUGGAAUGUCUACGAGGGGGAGGCGAAUUUGGCCGGAGACGGUGGCUACAACCUUUCCAAGUGCAUGAAGGCGGUGUUUGAUCCGGUCAUCGCCCAUCACUUUCAUCUGUCCAGGGAAAUCACCGACGAGGUUUUCAGGAGGUACGCUCUCCUUCUCUCCGAUUGGAUGGCCAAGGAGAGUCCUGUUUUCAUGAGUCUGACCGUCUCGCUCACUAAGCGACAUUGAUAGACAAAAUUGGAAAGAAUUCGACACAUGCUAGCUGAAAAGGGUAUUCGAUCGUGUUUCCUGGAUUGCUCAUCUCUGGUUAUCGUACAAGCUAGGGAACGGUACAAGAUUAAUAUGUUUGUAUUAUUAUAAUUUUUUUAUUGCAUUUUGGUUUUGAAGUUCCACAAAUAGGCUAAUUUUUUAUGUGUAAUUAAAUCACAUUCCAAUAAAUGGGUAUUCAUACC